AACUUGAAACUUACUAUGUGUGAUGACUACCUGAAAUUUGUAUUUGUGUUUAUGUACAUUCAGUGCACAUUGAAAGCUGCGAAGGAAACAUCAAAAUGCCCACAGCCGGGUUGCAACCAGCCAGUCAAGUUGGCCGAUAGAAAAAUGCGAUGGUUCCAAGCAAUUUUGGACGACAUGUUCAAAGAUUACGGUGUUGAUGAUUCUAUUAACGAAAGCCCGGCCGACCAAAAUGCACUAUAUGCAGGGGGUAUUUUGACCAUCACCGUGCUUACAGGCGAGAGUAUGGCUGUUCAAUAUGAUCCCAAUAUGGAAGUGCUGCAACUGAAAAGUAAAAUACGCCUGACUAUGAAUCACCCUAUCCAUAAACAAAAAUUACUUUACAAAGAUAAAGAACUAAAGGACCACAGAAGUAAUGGAAAGCGGACACAAAUUAGAGACGCUGGUGUUAAACCGAAUUCAACACUAUGGCUGGUGAUCUUACUGUACUCCAUUCCUGAAAACUUUGACCUUGUAGUAUUUGAUUUGUUUUGGAGUUAUCCAUCAACGGGCUGCGAUUAUCUAGAUGCGUCGUGUCUCUUGUUUAAUGAUUUGAAUUUUAAAACCCUCGCUGACUGGUCCAAUAAACAUCCUAUUAAAGCGGUAAGACACUCGGGUGAUGUCUUGGAUAACGAAAACCGAAUUGGACACCACACGAUAAAUGUCAGUUUGAAACAGUUACCUAGUGAUAUCACACAUUUGUUUUUUACUCUUAGUGCAUUUAACUCGCCAAAUAUAUCGCGAUAUCCAAAUCCAAGCCUCAGGUUUUACGAAGCUUCGAGUCCAACCAAAGACUUGUGUAAGACAACUUUUCAACAUGCAAAAUUGUCUCAAGCUGUUGUGAUGUGUUCCGUAUCACGUGGGUCUCAUGGACGUUGGGAAAUAUUUGAGUCUGGGAAACUGUCGUCAGGCAAUGCAGCGCAAUAUGAUCCAAUAAUAAGUACUAUAAAAUCAUUGAUAUCCCAAGGCUUUUAAACAACAGUUUAAUUAAAGACAGUUUAAUUUACAAGUGACAUAUAUUUUGCUAACUUAUGUCAAGGAAUACUAAACAUUUUAGUCAUAACCAGUAAAUGAAUAAUGAUAUGUAUUAAAUAUCGCAGUUGUGUGGUAAAACUGUUACUUCCGACAGCGAAAACUGAUCCGCCUUCAGCUCUAUGCUUUCUUCUCUUUAUUAUCAUUAUUUAGAUAGAAUGCCCAUUUAUAUUGUAUUAUAAAUAUUAUGGGAUAAGAGAAAUGCCAUUAUUUGAUAUCAACUUUGCCAGGCACAUUUAAUAAUCGAGAUGUAAAGUUUUUUAGCUUAAAUGUUGCUCAGAUGAGUUUGUGUUAUCACCCAUCGUCGUCUGUCGUCCGUCCGUCCGUUUGAGUCAACAUUUCACUUACUACUGGUCAGAAUAUACCGAACUUGCCUGAAGUAAUCUGGCACAGACCGUUCUCAAAUUUAUUCACAUGCUUCAACAUGACUGUAUCUUUGCGCCGCCGAAGCUAAUUGAAAAAAGAACAACCUAAAAGAUUGAAACAAUUUCUUUUCUUGAACCACAGGAUAGAUCGUCACCAAACUUGGUCUGUCACAUCCUUGGAUGGACGUUUUGCUUGACUGCUUUUAACGGCCACAAGAGCUAAAAACAGAAACAAACGUUAAAAUAUUUCAAAAGAACCACAUAUUAGAUCUUUACUUAACUUUGUCCAUAGCUUUCUGGGAAAGAACCUUUUUCAUGGUUUUACAAAUGGUUCAAAGUGCCUGCGCGUAACGGUUCCCUGUUUCCUGAAAAUAGAAAACCUCCUUGCUACGGAAAGUGAUAGUCCAACAGUUGUGUUAAAUAUGUAUAUUGAAAGUGUUUCAAAGUUAUAAUUCUUUUCAAUUAUACCGUUGAUGUUUACAGUGUUAUAAUUGUGUUUCUUGUGAAAAAUAUGUUAUUAACAAUAUUGACUUUAUUGUCAUGACUUAAAUUUACCAGACAUUGUUGGUUAGAUCCAAGAUGUGGUAGUAUAUUUCUUUUCUUCUGACAGUUUUUAGCUUUUUAGCUUAUUUAAUGGUAAACAAAUUGUUGUGUUUUUUCCCCAAUAUAUUGUGAAAUACAUGUAUUACUUUAUUGUAAUAGAAUUUUGAUUAUCAGAUGUCAAAAAUGA